AUGCAAGAAAAGUUUCCCAAGGAGUUCAAUGAGGUAACCAGACCAAACAUCAAAGGAUACCCGUUAUAUCGUCGUCGGAGAGGGACAACGGUUCAGGUUCGAGGAGCGACAAUGGACAACAGAUAUGUGGUUCCGUAUAGCCCCUACUUGCUUCUAAAAUACAAUGCUCAUAUAAAUAUCGAAGUUUGCACAUCGUUACUGGCUGUUAAAUAUAUUUACAAGUACAUCUAUAAAGGCUUCGAUUGUGCAAGUAUAGCAAUUACCUCAGAAGGACAACCACAACUUCGAUACAACGAAAUUGACAACUAUAUUAACGGUCGUUAUCUUAGUGCACCAGAAGCAAUGUGGAGACUACUGGAAUUUAAAAUGCACGAUAGAUCCCAUGCCGUUAUGAAACUUCCGUUUCACCUUCCUAACCAGCAACGAAUUAGAUUUGAAGAAGGUCGAGAAGAGGAAGCUUUGUUAGCUGCUCAAACUGGUCGAACUAAAUUGGAAUCGUGGUUUCACCUCAACACUAAUGAUCCUGACGCACAACAAUUUUUGUACACUGAAAUUCCACUCAACUACGUAUAUGUUAAAGGAAAUUGGCAAAAGCGACAACGCGGUGGAAACAAAUUCGUUGUUCGGAUGUACCCCGCCAGUUUGAAGGACGAGGAAAAUUAUUACCUUCGAUUGCUACUACUUCAUGUUCGAGGUGCCACCUCCUAUGAGUCAGUCCGAACAUUUAACUCAAUUACGUAUUCUUCAUUUAAGGAGGCAGCCAUGGCACGGGGACUUCUUGAGUCUGACGAAGAAUGGGACCGGUGUUUAUCAGAAGCCAGUAUUUUCCAGAUGCCAAAACAAUUGCGAGAAACAUUUUGUUAUAUCUGUUGUUUUUGUCAGCCUGCCAAGCCGCUGGAUUUAUGGACCAAAUUUCAAGUUGAAAUGUCUUUGGAUUACUCACGAAACCGGCAGAACGAUGAUGCUGUGAAUAUGGCGCUUCAUGAUAUAGACGAAAUUCUUCAGCAGCAUGGAUUAUCAUGUACAAAAAUUGGGCUGCCGGAACCAACUGGGCAGGCACCUCAAGAAGAAUGUUUUAACCCGAUUCUGGAAGCUCAGCUUGCUGAAGAGCGAAUAGGAAUGCUUAAUGCAAACCAGCGAGACGCCUUCAACGGGAUUGUACGUGCUAUCGAUAAUGCUGAAGAACCAGAACGUGCAUUCUAUGUGGAUGGUCCUGGUGGGUCGGGAAAGACUUUCUUAUACACCACCUUAUUGUCUUUUGUUCGAGGAAGAUCUCAAGUUGCCUUGCCAUUUGCCACGACGGGGAUUGCAGCCACGUUGUUAAAAGGAGGUAGAACCGCACAUAGUGGAUUUAAGCUUGAAGUUCCACUUAGUGAUACAUCCGUUUCGGGGUUACGACCAUCUUCAAAAGAUGCAGAUGUGCUUCGUCAAGCCUCUCUCAUACUUAUCGACGAGAUCACCAUGCUGUCAAAACAUGGGCUUAGGUGUAUCGACAGAUUGUUGCGUGAAGUGAUGAGUUGCAAGGAAAAGCCAUUCGGUGGAAAAGUGAUUGUGAUUAGGGGAGAUUUUCGGCAAACCCUUCCAGUAGUCCCAAGAGGAUCCCGCGCCCAAAUUCUUGAAUGCUGA